AUGUCAGCGGUCGCGGUGACCCCAGGCGCGGUCGCGCGAAUUCGCGAGUCCAAAGAAGUCCUCAAGGACGAGUUGAACGUUCAGGUUCUCGAUUUUGACGGCUCCAACGAUGCGUUUCGUGGCGUACUCAACGACGGCACGAACAAGUUGAAGUGCACGUUCGCGAAAGACCUGUUCGCGAAGGAGAACAACAAAAUGGUGAAAUCCGGCGCGGUGGUGAAACUCACCGACGUGGUUUUUGAAAACAGCGAAGCGUUGGUCAGGGAGUUUUCGUUCGUGGAUGAAAACGCGAGCCCGGAGUUUAAAACGCCGGGUGCGACCGGUGGUGGGAAGACAGUUCCUGGCGUGGUGAAUUCGAGACGAUCUCAACCGAUUGCGAGUUUGAACCCGUAUCAGCCACAAUGGACGAUAAAAGCCAAGUUGGCGGUGAAGGGAAACACGAGGACGUACCGCAACGCCAAAGGCGAAGGGAAGGUUUUGACCGUGGAAUUGGUCGAUAGCGAAGGGACGGCGAUUCAAGCGACGUUGUGGAGAGAAGCCGUGGAAAGAUACGAGAACGUUUUGGAAGUUGGCAAGCUGUAUUACGUUUCCAAAGGAUCUUUGAGACCGGCGAAUAGACAGUAUACCACGGUGAACAACGACUACGAGAUGUCUUUGGACGGCAAGUCUGAAAUCGUAGAGGCGAGCGAGGAGGAGCAAUUGGAAAGCGCCGCGAAAAAGAUUUUCGAAAAGGCUUUUGAGUUUGUGUCUAUCGGCGACUUGGCGAAAAGAGUCAACUCGAAAAGAGCGACGUGCGACGUGUGCGCGGUUGUCAAGUCCGUCGCCGACUUGAGCGCGGUGAAGCGAAAGUCGGACAACUCGGAGAUUCAAAAGAGAGAGUUGACGUUGUGCGACGAGAGUUCCAGCACGGUCCAGUUGACGUUGUGGAACGCGCUGGCGACGGAACAAGGCGAAAAGUUGAAAGAGAUGACGAACCCGGUAAUUAUCGUUCGCUCGGUUCGCGUGACAGAAUACGAGGGCGUUUCUUUGGGGACGCUCGGUAAAUCCGAGAUGCAAAUCUUUGAAUUGGACGAAGCCGCGAAAGCUUCGGUCGAAGAAGGAGAAGUUCCGGAGAAAGCCAUCGAAACUGCGAAGUGGUUUAAAGAAAACGGCGAGAACGCGACGUUUAAAACCGCCGCGGAAGGUGCCGGUUUGUCCGUUCAACAAAGAGGCGGUAAACUCGCACCAUUGGAGAGACAAACAUUGGUUGAUUUUCAACCGGAGGAAAUCCCGUCGGCUUCGGAUAAACCGAAGAUGUGCAUCGUUCCGAGAGCGUCUAUAUUGACUAUUCGCGAGGGUACCAUGUGGUACUGCGCUACGCCGGAGGAAGGCAACAACGCUAAGGUUGAGGAAGAGAAUGGACAGUGGUAUUGUGCCAAGAACCAAAAGACGUACGCGACGUGCAAACGCAGAUAUAUCAUGGGCGCCAAGAUUGCGGAUGAAAGCGGAUCUUGCUGGUUGACCUUGUUCAACGACGACGGCGAGAAGUUGUUUGGUCACACCGCGGACGAAAUGCACGAGUUUCAAGAGAAUGAUAGCGACAAGUAUGAUGCAAUCCUCCGCGCGGCGCAAGGCGCAAAGAAAUCCUUCACGUUUAAGUUGAAGAGUAAAGUCGAGGAGUACAACAACGAAAAUCGCAGAAAAGUGUUGACGAUGAGCAUGAAUCCGAUUGAUUUCGCCGCGGAGAGUCGAUCGUUGUUGAGUAAAAUGGGGAUUGAAGCGUAA